UAUUUUCAGCGAGUAGAUUUUCAUAGAAGAGCGAAAAGGCAGCUGAAGUCGUCCCCGGGAAAUAGUUGAAAAACGUUUUAUCCAACAAAAUAAAUAAAUUAAAAGUUGCUAACAUUACCGGAAGCAUUUUUCACCCGGUUUCAACGAAAACACUGUAAAAUUACACGUCUAGUUCGACUCAGAAAGCCAGCAAAAUGACAGACAGGAAAGCAGUAAUCAAGAAUGCUGAUAUGUCUGAGGACAUGCAACAGGAUGCAGUAGACUGCGCCACUCAGGCGAUCGAGAAGUACAAUAUUGAAAAGGACAUAGCUGCGUAUAUCAAGAAGGAGUUUGAUAAGAAAUAUAAUCCUACAUGGCAUUGUAUUGUAGGAAGAAACUUUGGCUCCUACGUGACGCACGAAACUCGCCAUUUCAUCUACUUUUACCUUGGGCAGGUGGCAAUACUGUUAUUUAAGAGCGGAUAAGCGGACGAAGAGCAGCGCAACUUUAUCCCACCAUCUCCUCUCACACUUUAUCCUCCCCACCAGUAUUCCGAUGAUUCUAAUCUCGACCGCCUAGAUUGGACGUUUUCCUUAUUAUAUAUAAAUAUGUAAUUUUUUUAGAAAAAUAACCUAAUAUAAAAGACAACCGGACUUUUUCUGGGAAUUCUCGCGCGCGAUAGGUUAUAUUUUUUAUUAUUUAUUUUGCUAAUUUUCGAACUAAAUGGAGACAAAAUAAUCGUUGUUGUUAAAGCUCCCGCGAGAUGGCGGUUUAGUUCGGAGAUGUGUUAAAACUAAAAAAUACACAUUUUUUUAAUUUAACUAUAUAAAUAGCAUUAUUUUGGAAUAAAUUUAUUUUGUUGGUAUUUUUUUUUUGUUUUAUUUUUUCUAAAUAUAUUGGUGGGACUGAGCUUAAUAAAUAAACGGUACAUUAUAAAUUACAAUCAAAUAGUUUAAUGAUCAAGUAUGCUUUGUAUGAUGACAGAACAUUUAUUUACAUUAGAAUUUUUUAAUUGUCAAAUCAAAGCUUGCUUGACUAUAAAUAUAUUUGAUACGAUCGGGUCGACCUGUAAUGUAAUUUUUUCAGAAUUAACAUACACUCUUAUCAAAAAUUAAACCAAAAAAAAUUGGGCGCAACCUUUAAAUUGAGUUGAGACGCCUUUCUAUGAUGUGCAUUUUUAUAUGGUCAUAGAUUGUACGAUAUAAUUUUGUAAGAUUUUGUAUGAUUGACUAUGACACAGUAAGCUUUAAAGACUCAACUUUGUUAACUGUUUUAAAUUAAUUAUCACUGCAAAUAGUUAUUUAAUUGCAAGCAAGGGAAUAGGUACAAGUAGACCAAUUGAUCUAA